AUGAACGCCGACCCGGUACAGACCCAAGCUAAGAAAAGACAACCGUAUGACCCUAAAGAAGCCAAUAACCGAGUCCCCCCUCUCGUCUCAUUUUACCAGGAGCCCCUCACCACCCAUCCCCCCUCCCCCCCCCUCCAGACCCUCCAGAUCCCACCAGACCCCUCCAGACCCCUCCAGACCCCACCAGACCCCAUCAGACACCCUCCAGACCCCACCAGACCCCACCAGACACCCCAGACCCCACCAGACCCCUCCAGACCCCACCAGACACCCUCCAGACCCCACCAGAUCCCACCAGACCCCCCAGACCCCAGACCCCACCAGACCCUCCAGACCCCACCAGACACCUCCAGACCCCACCAGAUCCCACCAGACACCUCCAGAUCCCACAGACCUCCAGACUCCACAAACCCUCACCAGACCCCACCAGACCCCACCAGACCCACCAGACCCUCCAGACCCCACCAGACACCUCCAGACCCCACCAGAUCCCAGACCCACCAGACCAGACCCCACGUCCCAGACCUCCAGACCCCACCAGACACCUCCAAACCCCACCAGACCCUCCAGACCCCACCAAACACCCUCCAGACCCCACCAGAACCCUCACCAGACCCUCCAGACUCCACCAAACCUCACCAGACCCCACCAGACCCCACCAGACCCUCCAGACCCCACCAAACACCUCCAGACCCCACCGAACCCCACCAGACCUCCAGACUCCACCAAACCCUCACCAGACCCUCAUCCACCCUCAUAUUUUUGUAUCCAAGUAUAUGUUGA